AAAAAAUGCUCUUCUAAACAAGUUCUUGACCAGUAAGUUUGAAUGAAUCAAAUCUAUUCGUGUUGUGGUGGCUACAUACCAGCUACRCCAUUAUGGUUUAGAUUGGUACURCAUGCACAAUGAAUUCUAAGCAAGCUCGAUCUUCCUUCGUUCUCUGAUCCAACAUAGAAACCUUCCACAUGAUAGAGCAAUGCAAUCCGAUGGUGGCGUGCUGGUCGACGGAUGGAAAAUCGUUUUUGAUCAAAGAUGUUGAUUAUUUUUCCAAGGUAGGUUUCCUGUUACCRAAGCAAAAGUGCAGUUCCCGUGAAAUGAUCUUURCAAGAAACAGCACUGGCAGUAACAAAAUCAAUAGUGCCGUAUCGACUCGCUGGUGUCGCGAAAAACAAGAGAACUGCCACAAGGUGUAYCCAGAUGUACUUACCCGUUGAUUUUUGGCACAAUUUGCUCGGUCGYUCUCGAACUCUKUYCCRUCGAUUUCCAGAACAUCCUCCCCCUGUACUUCAAACACUCCAAGUUUGCCUCGUUCGUUAGGCAGCUGAAUUUUUAUUCGUUCCGAAAGCUCCGGGCGGAAAGCGACGACCGGAGUUCGGUCACGGAGUGGACGCCGCGGAGCAGCGGCAGCAACAGCAACAGCAACAGCAAAUCCGGCGCGGUGCGGUUCGCCCACGAGUUUUUCCGGCGGGGCCAACCGGAACUCUUGCACAGGAUCACGCGGGUGACAAAGUCCCAGGAACCCACGUCGUCGGAAAUGAAGUCCCUGAAGGAAGACAUCCUCGAACUCAGGAAGGACAUUGUGGCGCUGUCAAAMCGAUUCGAUCACCGGUUGCAGGCGAUGGAGGCAUCAAUGGAAGCGGAUUACCAGCAGAGAACGAGCGACCUCGCGGCAUCCUAYCAGGCGCUAUAUGCCUUUUAUGCCGAUCGGGGUGCUUGYUUGGUYGGUGCCUCGGAGCAAGCCGGGGCCACYCAAGACGYUCCGCUGUCUGCCGCUSCCGGUCCGGACCGGGAGGAAGUCGCCGCCCCGGCCUCGUCGACGCCUUCCGACGGCGCCCGGACCGCGAAGACUCCGGYAGCCACAAUAAGCGAGAGUUCCGGAAGCAUUGCAAGCAUAACAAGCAGCAACGAGACGGGAAUGGAAUCGUCGUCACCGGAACGGCACAAACUGUCUCCGCUGAUGACUCUCUCGGGGGUUGCGACAGCCUUGAUGAAGCAUUCGUGAUGCCACAGAAUGUUGUGUAGACAGRGCUGCAAUCUGUCAGCGCUAGGGAUCGAAAAUGGGGCCAGCUAAACAAGAGAACCAACACGUUCUCGUGAAUAAAUAAUGACGCACGUU